GCCGCUGUCAUAGAGCUCCAGUCCAGCGAUCAGGGAAGAAGAAGCUGAAACUCGUCUCGACGGAACUAAAAUAUCACGGUCACUGCGAUACUGUCAGCGCUCUGUCAUAGCUGUUAUGGAUGCCACCUUCUGGUUCUGCUGAUCUGCUGCUCUUCUCAAAGUCCGGCUGGCCAUGAGCCCAACCAGUUCGCAUCUGCAGUAUGAGCCUCCGAACCAUAGGGGGCGCUGUGCUCAGCUCCCUGGGCCCUAGUCUGGCAGCUCAGGCUGGAGGAGCCUGGAGCUCCAUCUCUUUUAGACCCAUACCCUCCUUGCUUCAGACCAUGGUACCUGCUGGUUACACCGCACUACAGGAGGAACGGCUGGCCAUGGUGGACCUCGGCAUGCCUAAGCCUGAUUCCCUCAAGAAUGGGUUCCAACGCGAGCCCCGCCGCCACUCAGACCGCAGCAGCAGAACAUCCAUCAGCCUGUCUGAUGCCGGAGACGGACACUAUGUGGAGACUGAGCCUAUGCUGCCUGAUGGCAGGCUUUCAGGAGAAGAGGCAGAUGAGGAAGAGGAGAGCGAGGAGGAAGGGCAGCAGCAGGCAACUAGAAAUAUGCCCAAAGAGUCGCCCCUUGCCAUGGCAUUGCAGAUACUGGUGCCCUUCCUGCUAGCUGGGUUCGGGACGGUUUCGGCUGGAGUGGUACUGGAUAUAGUACAGCAUUGGGAAGCAUUUAAAAACAUUACGGAGAUCUUCAUCCUGGUUCCGGCUCUUUUGGGUUUGAAAGGAAACCUAGAGAUGACCCUCGCUUCCAGACUUUCCACAGCGGUGAAUGUGGGGAAAAUGGACUCACCCAUAGAAAAGUGGAAUCUUAUUAUUGGGAAUUUGGCGCUGAAACAGGUGCAGGCCACAGUAAUAGGGUUCCUGGCAGCAGUAGCGGCAGUUGUACUGGGUUGGAUUCCUGAGGGAAAGUUCCAGAUCAGUCACGCCGUGUUGCUGUGUUCCAGUAGUGUUGCUACAGCCUUCAUAGCAUCUCUGCUGCAGGGUUUUAUAAUGGUGGGAGUGAUUGUGGGCUCUAAGAAGACAGGCAUCAACCCUGAUAAUGUAGCUACGCCCAUCGCCGCCAGUUUUGGUGACCUCAUCACACUGGCCAUCCUGGCAUGGAUCAGCCAGGGCCUCUACAACUGCCUAGACUCUCAACCAUAUGUGUCGUCUCUGGUGUGUGCCUUCUUCAUGUGUCUGACUCCGCUGUGGAUGGUCAUCUCCUCCAAACACCCCGCCAGCCGUCAGCUGCUCUACUCGGGCUGGGAGCCCGUUAUCACUGCCAUGUUCAUCAGCAGUAUUGGAGGACUCAUCCUUGACAAAACUGUAUCUGAUCCCAACCUGGCUGGGAUUGUGGUUUACACGCCUGUUAUCAAUGGUAUUGGAGGAAACCUGGUGGCCAUCCAGUCCAGUCGGAUAUCUACCUACCUGCACUUCCACAGCACCCCUGGAGAGGUUCCUGAUGAGGCCAAGGGUUGCUACUACCCCUGCCGUACCUUCUCUGGCACAGGAGCUAAUCAUAGGUCAGCACAGGUACUGCUGUUACUGGUCAUCCCUGGUCAUUUGAUCUUCCUGUACACCAUUGAUCUGAUGGAAAGGGGUCACACCUCACUUACGCCCGUUUUCAUGGUCGUGUAUUUAGCUGCCGCUCUUUUCCAGGUGUUCUUGUUGCUUUGCAUAGCAGACUGGAUGGUGCACUCCAUGUGGAAAAGCGGGAAAGAUCCGGACAGCUUCUCUAUCCCGUAUCUGACAGCAUUGGGCGACCUGUUGGGAACCGCCCUCCUGGCUCUCAGCUUCCACUUCUUGUGGGUCAUCGGGGACCAGGACAGUGAUGUGGGUGACUAAGAUCUUUCUUUGAUCUUUGACCCGCAGAUCAAGCUAUUCCAUACUUGCUGUCUUCACUUAUUGCCUUGAAUGGCCGCUUGUCGGAUCGGGCAUGUGGCAUAAAAACAAACUUAGCAUUUCUCUGUCAGUUUGUGACUCUUCUUAAAGUGCCAGAUGAUUUAUUAGCUGCAUCGAAAGAUUCAGCACUUGCAGUAAAGGAUAGAAGGCGGUGAAGCUUCUCCAUCAUCUCAGAGUGAUUUCUGGUGUGUCUGACGUGGGACAGUACGAAAAGCUUCUUUAAUGCUCACUUCUACCCCCUCGGGUUUCUUUUUCAGCACUAAUGCAGUGGAUGGACCAAAUACAAACCCUAAAAACAAGAAUAUGUAAGAUUGUCUUGGUGAUUGUACUUUAUUUAUUUGUCUUGUCUUUCUUUAAUCAUUUACUCAUGUUGCUCUUUGUCAUCUCUUUUGAGACUUAAGACCAGUUCCUCAUGUCCAGUCGAGUCAGACCUUAUUACAAGUAUACACAUUUUUACUCAAGCCGUGCCAGAUCAAUUCAUAUAAACCUCUGUAAUGCAGUUUGGAAGUUAAAGUAUUGCUUUGUAUUGCUUAAUAGCGUAGAAUAAUGAACUAAUAUAUAUCAGCUUUGAGAAAAGGGAAUAGACUUUCAACUGCUCGUUUAAAGAGAAACACAACGGUCUGAGUAUCGAUUGGAAAUGUCAGGCUUUCUUUUUUGUUCUGCAACUACGUCUCUGUUUAAUGGUCAUGUAUGCAACCAAACGAAAUGGGAUGAACUGGCAAAACAGACACUCUUAUACAAGUCUUGUAUGUGUGUGUGUGUGUGCGUGUAAACAUUUUUUGUACAUUGUUACUGAGGUGCCAUGAACAGCAUUUUUCUAUGGGGGAAAAAAAGUUUCUACUGGCACCAAUGGAGGAUUCUUUAUGUUUUUCUGACCAUGCUUUUUUUGAUACUCAGAAUGUUUAAUAAAGGUUUAAUAAAAGUUUAUGGCCAAU